AUGCAAGUGAUGCAGGACCAGCAAGUGAUCAAUGAUGCAGUUCUGUCGUCUCGGGGUCGUGGUGGCAGCGGUGGCGGUAGCAGCAACCGCAUAGUGGCUAUCAACUUGGAGGGGAGGAGCACCCUGCCGCCGGCACCGCCUCGUACGACCGACGACAACAAAAGCGUGGAUCAUCAUCCUGAUGAGGAGCCUGGCGAUCAUCAUCAGGAUCACCAGACACCCGGGUGGAGAAAAUUCCUGUCUCAUGUGGGCCCCGGCUUCCUCGUCUCAAUCGCCUACCUUGACCCCGGAAACAUGGAAACAGAUCUUCAAGCUGGGGCCAGUGAUCAAUAUGAGCUUCUGUGGGUGAUACUAAUUGGUUUGGUGUUUGCUCUAAUCAUCCAGUCACUUGCUGCAAAUCUGGGUGUGAGCACUGGGAAACACUUAGCAGAACUAUGCAAGGCUGAGUAUCCGGUCCUGGUGAAGUAUUGCCUCUGGCUGCUAGCUGAAGUUGCUGUGAUUGCUGCAGAUGUACCUGAAGUUAUUGGGACAGCCUUUGCAUUGAAUAUUCUGUUCCACAUACCACUGUGGGUUGGGGUUCUUCUCACUGGUUGUAGUACACUCCUGCUUCUUGGGCUACAAAGAUAUGGGGUAAGGAAGCUGGAGAUGCUGAUAGCAGUGCUGGUGUUCAUAAUGGCAGCAUGUUUUUUGGGGGAAAUGGGUUUUGUGAAGCCUCCUGCAUCUGAUGUCCUGAGGGGCAUGUUUGUCCCUAAGCUUAGCGGUCAUGGAGCCACUGGCGAUGCGAUCGCUCUGCUGGGUGCCCUCAUCAUGCCGCACAACCUAUUUCUCCAUUCUGCAUUGGUGCUGUCCAGGAAAGUACCGAAAUCUGUCCGUGGCAUCAAUGAUGCCUGCAGAUAUUUCCUUAUAGAAAGCGGUUUCGCAUUGCUAGUAGCCUGUCUGAUAAAUGUUGCAAUGAUCUCGGUGUCGGCCGCAGUUUGCUCGGCCAAGAAUCUCUCCAAUAGCAAUAACAACACGUGCAAUAAUCUCACACUUAACUCUGCAUCGUUUCUUUUAAAGAAUGUGUUGGGAAGAUCAAGCUCGACCGUAUACGCCAUCGCGCUGCUGGCAUCCGGCCAGAGUUCCACCAUCACAUGCUCCUAUGCAGGGCAAUUCAUAAUGCAGGGAUUUCUGGACCUAAAGAUGAAGAAGUGGAAAAGGAACUUGUUGACAAGGAGCAUCGCCAUGAUACCGAGUCUUAUUGUCUCAAUUAUAGGCGGAUCUUCUGGUGCAGGGCAACUCAUUAUCAUUGCAUCGAUGAUUCUUUCUUUUGAACUUCCAUUCUCUCUCAUCCCUCUCCUCAAGUUUAGUAGCGCUACGACCAAGAUGGGACCACACAAGAACUCCGUCAUUAUAAUCGUCAUCUCGUGGAUUCUUGGCUUCGGAAUAAUCGGCAUCAACAUAUAUUACCUGAGCACGGGUUUUGUGGGUUGGCUAAUUCACAACAGCCUACCAAGAGUGGCGAACGUAUUUCUCGGGAUCAUUGUUUUUCCCAUAAUGGCAGUCUAUAUCUUGGCGGUAAUCUAUCUGACCAUCCGGAAGGACGCGGUCAUAACUUUCAUAGAGCCAACCAAGCGCGACCCGACGAAAUCGGGCCACAUAGAGAGCGGGUUGAAGGAUGCCGAUGGAGAAGAGGGGGAAGAUGAAAUCCCAUACAGAGAAGAUUUGGCCGAUAUCCCUCUGCCCGAAUAG